CUUCUUAACAUUUGCUUGCAGCUCACCAAGUGGGAGGAGAAACAAACUAAUUAGUAAUGUCAAGACAGGAGCCAUGCUAGCCUAUAUAAGCUGAUUUUACCAAAGGCCCAGAACAAUAACAUGGAAAACAUUGUUGAUGUCAAGAUAGACACCAAGGGGGAAAGAAAGCCAAUGAAGCAGAAUCCACUGAGCAAAGGUGGAAAGAGAGUCUGCAAAGCUGUUGGGUACAUCACUGGAGACAUGAAGGAAUUUGGAGCCUGGCUAAAAGAUAAACCUCUCCUGAUCCAGUUUUUUGACUGGGUGCUGCGUGGGAUAUCCCAGGUGAUGUUUGUCAACAAUCCCCUCAGUGGGCUGAUUGUCCUUGCUGCCUUUGUGCUGCAGAACCCUUGGUGGGCACUCACAGCGUGUUUGGGAACAGUUGUCUCAACCUUAACAGCACUUAUUCUGGGUCAGGACAGGUCAGCCAUAGCAGCCGGCCUGUAUGGAUACAAUGGGAUCCUGGUGGGAUCACUUGUGGCCGUCUUCUCUGCUAAGGGAGACUACUACUGGUGGCUCCUGCUGCCCGUUUCACUGCUGUCCAUGACUUGCCCCAUUUUCACCAGUGCUUUAGCUUCAGUCUUCUGUAAGUGGGACCUGCCUGUUCUCACCUUGCCUUUCAACUUGGCCUUGACCCUCUAUCUGGCUGCAUCAGGACCACACAACCUCUUCUUCCCUACAACUGUCGUUCAGCCUGCAACAGCAACACCAAACAUCACCUGGACAGAUGCUGAAAUCACAAUGCUCCUGCAAUCCGUUCCAGUCGGCGUGGGUCAGGUUUAUGGUUGUGACAAUCCCUGGACUGGGGGAAUCUUCCUGGUGGCUUUAUUUAUCUCUUCCCCACUCAUUUGUCUGCAUGCAGUGAUUGGCUCAGCAGUGGGGAUGCUGGCAGGGCUGAGCUUGGCAACACCGUUUAGCCAGAUCUACUCCGGGCUGUGGGGCUACAACAGCUCCCUCUCCUGCAUUGCCAUCGGGGGCAUGUUCUACGCCCUCACCUGGCAGACACAUCUGCUGGCGAUUGCCUGCGCACUCUUCAGUGCCUACCUGGGAGCAGCAGUGACCAGCAUAUUGUCUGUGUAUGGGGUGCCAUCAGGAACCUGGUCUUUUUGCUUGUCUGCAUUGACUUUCCUGCUAAUAACCACGACCAACUCUGCCAUCUACAAGAUGCCACUCUCCAAAGUUGCCUACCCAGAAGCCAACCGAGCUUAUUACCUGAAGAUGAGGAAACAUCAAAGGUCUUCCUGUGAGGCAUAAAGACCCAAGAAGAGAGAUACUUGGCAGACUUUAAGGCAAGACCACAAGGUGUUUCCCCAAUAGAAUGUUAUUUGUGUGCUACAAAGUCAAACACCACCUUCUGAAUGGAGAGACCUUUUCCACCACGUCUUCUUUGUUCUGUUAGAACAAAAUUUCUAUUAGAUAGGACUGUGUUGGAAGGACCUUUUCCAAGACCAACCAGCCUGUAAUGAUUUUAAAGCACAUAUGUCUGGAAAGACAUUUGAAUAAUAAAACAAUGGGGAAAUCACUUAGAAGUCAUAAAGAAAAAUCUCUUUGUGAAAGUGAAGGCACAGCAAUCAGAUGUAAAGCAAUGAAGAGGAUCUUUCAGCAUCUGAAGGGAAUCCUAAUAAGUGGCUAAAACCACCUUAUGACAGCAAUAGGAUACAUCUUAGAUAGCUUCAUAGUAGCAGAGAAGUGGAAUAAAGAGUACCCUUUGUCAAGUAUGAAACAGGGGGUGAAGAAUUCUACCUGGAGGACCUCUUGAGCCCCGUGGAGAAAACUGUGCAUUAGCAGCCAUCAAACAUAAGAUGGGGAUGAUUUUCAUGAUUUUUGUGUUAAUCUCAUGAUUUUUCUUAAUACUUGAACCUGGUGAUGGGUUAACAAAGGAGAGGACAGCAAAAAAAGUCACCGCUGUCCCUUUCCUGUGCAAUAAAAUGGGUCUGUUCAGUCUAUGAAAAGUAGAACCAGUUUGAGGUGAUCUCCUUGACCUCCCUCUCUGCACUGUCCCCCUCAGACCACCAGUAUCAAACACAGUAAAAUGCUGCUCUGUCCCAACCUCCUGCUGGUGCUCAGGGGGGAUUUCUGGCUCUCUGCAACUCCCUGACAGGAGGGUGGAGCCUGGGGGGGUUGGGUUCUGCUCCCAAGGAAU